AUGGCGGCGCCCGCCCGGCUGUGCCGCUGCCUCUUCCCGCUGCUGCUGCUGGGGAUGGGAGCGGGAGCGGCGGCCGGGACCCCUGGGACCCCCGGCACCGCGGGCUGCGGCUGCAGCGCCGGCCGGGCCGCCGGGGACGGGCGGGAGGAGGCGGCGCGGCGCUACUCGGCGGCAGCGGCGGCGGGCAGCGGGCGGAGCCGCGGGCAGGGGCCGAUGGUGCUGAUCCCAGCAGGGGUGUUCACCAUGGGCACCCAGGAGCCCCAGAUCCAGCAGGAUGGAGAGGGCCCAGCCCGCAGAGUCCACCUUGGCAGCUUCUACAUGGACCAGUACGAGGUCAGCAACCUGGACUUUGAGAGCUUUGUCAACUCCACGGGCUACAUCACUGAGGCAGAGAAGUUUGGUGACUCUUUUGUGUUUGAGGGGAUGCUGAGUGAGGCAGUGAAGGCUGACAUCCACCAAGCAGUGGCAGCUGCUCCCUGGUGGUUGCCUGUGAAAGGAGCCAGCUGGAGGCACCCUGAGGGCCCUGACUCCAGCAUCUCCAGCAGAAUGGACCAUCCAGUCCUUCAUGUGUCCUGGAAUGAUGCCCUGGCCUUCUGCAGGUGGGCAGGGAAGCGGCUGCCGACGGAGGCUGAGUGGGAGUACAGCUGUCGAGGGGGGCUGGAGAACAGGCUUUUCCCAUGGGGCAACAAACUGCAGCCCAAAGGGCAGCACUAUGCCAAUAUCUGGCAGGGAGAAUUCCCCACCAAUAACACAGCAGAGGAUGGGUACAAGGGGACUGCACCUGUCUCUGCCUUUCCCCCCAAUGGGUACGGCCUCUACAACAUGGUGGGCAACGCCUGGGAGUGGACAUCGGACUGGUGGGCUGUGCACCACUCCCCCCAGGACCUCCACAACCCUCAAGGGCCGUCCUCGGGCACGGACAGAGUGAAGAAGGGUGGAUCCUACAUGUGCCAUAAGUCCUACUGCUACAGGUACCGCUGUGCAGCUCGGAGCCAGAACACCCCCGACAGCUCCGCAUCCAACCUGGGCUUCCGCUGCGCCGCCAGCACCGCCCCGGGGCCACGCUGAGCCACUCGCAGGGCAUGGCAGGGCACAGGAGGGGCUGCAUCCCACCCCAGGGACAACAAACAUGGGCAGAGUCCCUUGCUGAUGGCACACCUUGGAAAAACCUUGCUUGAAGUUCCUGCUGAGGGAAGAAAAACCAGCACGACUCAAGAGCGCUUGGAGAACCUUCCGAGCAACCUGGCCUGGGUGGUUUGGGUUCAACUGGAACAAAACUGAGCAAACAUGGCAAUCAUGCUUUCAAAGAUUGCUUAAUCCCAGAAUUAGGCUGGAAAAAACCUCCAGAAUUAUUGAGUCCAGCCCUUGACUGAUCACCACCUUGUCAAGUACAACAGCUCCUCUUUAGACAGAAUCUUUAUUAAUUACUUUUAUUUAUGUAGAAUUUCUACACUCAAAUGCAAUAAGCAAAGACUUUAUAAACUUUUAGACAGCUUUAAAAGAAAUUCUAGGCAAUUAGGAAAUUCUAGGCAGCUUUGAGAGACAAUGAAGGAGUCAAGAAUGAGGGCUGGGAGAUGACAACUCUCCCACAGGCAGCUUGCCCUCUGUUACAUUCCACUUGCAGUGAAAUCAUGUCCAGAAAUGGGCUUCUCUCGGGGAGAUAUUUGCUGCUCUUUAGGAAGUGCCUUCUGCAGCUGAGGGAGGUGAUCCUCAGGGUGAUGAUGAUUAGAAAUCUUGUACAUAUUUGAAUAAAAUAUCAAGCAUUUGUUUAUGCCAAAGAUUUUUAUUGAUGGAAAAACACAACUUCCUUUGCAUUUCUUGGGCGCAGCAGAGGCUUAUUUUAGGGACUUGGAAAAUGCAAUACUGGCCUCAUUAGAAACUGAAGCUAAUGAAUGAUUCCACUUGAAUAAGAGUCAUGGAAGUGAUGGCAGAUGGAACUGUGAGCCCUAAGACCUAAUAGGGUAAAUUUCUAAACUGUUUUGUUGAAAAUAAAAUUCCUCACUGAAAA